CGGAGCCGCGGGACGGUGCGGGGGCCCGCCGCCCUCGGGGCGAACCGGGCAUGAAGCGACGGCUGCCAGCUGAGGACGCCGGGCUGGGCACUGAGCUGCGCCGCCUGCCGCACUAAGGCGGCCACGAGCCCCGAGGCGAAACGAGGCGGCGCGGCGGGCCGAGUCCGAGCGAGCCCCGCGGCUGUUCGCGAGCGCGACUGAGGCGGCAGCGGCGGCUCGUGCCCGCACCUCCCCUGGGCUGGCGAGGGGCUGCGCGGGGAGGGGGCCGCGGCACCGCCCCGCCUCCUCCCCUGCCCUCGCCCGGCCGGAGCUCCCCCGCGGCGGCGGCGGGCGCUAUGAGCGCGGCGCUCUGAGGGACCGGCGGGGCUCGGCUUCCCCCGAGCAGCCUCCCCUGGGAGCCGCGGCGGCGGAUCGGACCCGGCUGGGACCUGCCAUGACUCCCCUGGCUCCUCCCAUGGCAUGAGCCCGAGCUCUCCUCCCCGCUCCGCCCGCUUUUGGUUCUCUCCGCUCCCGGGCUGUCAGAUGGGAUAGGACACACCCGGGUGUGCGGGGCUCGACGCUGCCGGGGGGGAGCGGCGGAGGCAACCGGUGACGGCCGUCGGCUCGCCCGGAGUCGAAGAUGAGCUGGCGGUGGGCUCGCCAGCACUGGAACGGCGGCUCCUCCGUGCUGCUGCUGCUGCCGCUGCUGCUGUGGCACGGCCGGGUCCGGCCGGCCGGCGCCGACAACGCCAGCCAGGCGUACUACACCGCGCUCAUCAACGUGACCGUGCUGAGCCCCGAGCGCGGCGGCCCCACGCUGCUGCGGAUCGACCGUGGCCGCUACGGGCAGGACUCCCCGAAGGUGGAGGUCAAGGGGCUGCUGGUGGCUCCCGUCCCUAUCAACGGAGUUGCAGAUCGUCUGGGCUGUGACCCUCGAACGCGUUUCCAGGUCCCACCAAACACCAAGCAGUGGAUUGCUUUACUACAGAGAGGAAAUUGUACAUUUAAAGAGAAAAUACUGCGAGCAGCUUCACAUAAUGCCACAGCUGUGGUCAUUUACAACAAUGUAUCCAGUGAAGAACCUGUCACAAUGACUCAUCAAGGAACUGGAGACAUUGUUGCCGUCAUGAUUACAGAAUCAAAGGUUAAGGAGAUCUUGAAUUACUUGGAAAAGAACAUCUCUGUCCUGAUGGCCAUAGCAGUGGGGUCCCGUGUUCCUCCGAAGAACUUCAGCCGUGGCUCUCUAGUCUUUGUGUCAAUAUCAUUCAUUGUUUUGAUGAUCAUUUCUUCAGCAUGGUUAAUAUUUUACUUCAUCCAGAAGAUCAGGUACACAAGUGCACGUGACAGGAAUCAGCGUCGUCUUGGAGAUGCUGCCAAGAAAGCCAUUGGUAAAUUGACAACCAGGACAGUAAAGAAGGGUGAUAAGGAAACAGACCCAGACUUUGAUCAUUGUGCUGUCUGCAUUGAGAGUUACAAGCAGAAUGAUGUUGUUCGCAUUUUGCCAUGCAAGCACGUGUUCCACAAAGUCUGUGUGGAUCCAUGGCUCAGUGAGCACUGUACGUGUCCAAUGUGUAAACUGAACAUCCUGAAAGCACUGGGAAUUGUGCCCAACGUGCCGUGCACGGAUAACGUCGCCUUUGACAUGGAGAGGCUGACGCGGGGGCAGCCGGCGAGCAGGCGCUCGGCGCUCGGCGACUUCGGCACCGACAGCUCCCUCAGCCUGGAGCCCCUGCGCACCUCGGGCAUGUCACAGCUGCCACAGGACGGGGAGCUGACACCAAGGUCAGGAGAGAUCAACAUUGCAGUGACAAGCAGUCACUUCUUCCAUCGUAAUUCUCUGUCCCCUCGAAGCCUGGUCUACGAGAGCGAGUUCUCAACCAUCGAGCCUGCCUUGGACAUGUACGACGAGAACAAAACCUGAAAGGAAUCCAUGCUCCUUCCUGGCCCUUUUUCCGUUUUUUUCAUUUCUCAUUCCUAUUGUUGUGUACUCUUUCCAUGGAUCUCCUUUGUCUGAAGAAGAGCUGCUUUUUCCAGAACACGAACCCACCUUCUCGUUUGCAUAGACGAAGACCAGCUGUGGUGGAUUCUGAGGGUGGCAUCUUUGAGGUGACAAAGAGCUGUGACAAGCAAGGUUGUCUGAUGGAAAUUGCUGAGUAACAGCAUGGGGAGCUGUGUCGGCCCAGCCGCGGCGAUGCAGGAGAGGUUUUACGGUGGCCCUAAGAGUUUGUGCUGAACUGCAAAUGCGUCUCUUACGCAGGCAUCUGCUGUUUCCAAUUUUUUAGUUGUCCAGAUGGUUGGGCAAUGUCAGAAAGGGAACUGGUUGUAGAGGAGAUGGCCAGUGACUGGUAAAAGCACUCGUAUAUCUCGGUCAAUCCAUAACCUUACUGUGAAAUAGCCCCUUCUGGGAGGGACCUUUAUAAGUGCAUUGCAUUUCCUACAACCCACUUAACCCUGGACAGUGACGAGCCAGUCUGAUGUUUAAGCUGCAGAGAGGAUCUGCAUUUGCAGAAAGAUUUCAAGGAACUUGAUGCUUGGAUUUUUUUUUUCUCCAAUCUGAUUGAAGCAGGAGAAAAAUGGUAUACACAGAAUAUACUUUUGGUCCUUCUGUAUGCUGAAGUCAAGUGAGUCUCUUUCUGUAGAGAGGACAUUCACAGAACCAGCACUUGAUCUACCUAAAAACCAUUAGACUUUUUGAAAUAUGCAGGAAUCAAAUUAGCUUUCUUCCUCACAUAACUUUUUUUUGGGGGGAUGGGGGGUAAAAAAUCCACCAGAUUUUUCACUGAGGUUUUUUAAAAGCCAGCAUGUUGGCAUUACACAGAGAAGAAAAGAGGUAAGCUUCUUAUCCCACUUCCUGUUGAGAUCUGCAACAGUUAUUUAACAAAUACGUUCUCUGAGCUGUGCCCUUUCCCACUGACAUCAAUAACAGGAAUGCAGAAAGCAGGAGAAGAAAGGAAAGCAGCUACUGCUUUGACACGCUGCAGGAAAAAUCAAUUUUUACCAGCAUGUGGCAGAAGCAGUGGGGAAAUGGAUAUUGUUUGUAAGUUUCUGAGAGAACAAUGCAGAAAUGGAGAGCAAGAGAGGAACCUCUGGAGCUAAGUCAUCCACAGCGUUCCUGAAAUGAGCUGACAUGGAGGAGCAAGUGCUUCUGCUCCACUGUUUCCUACUGGACAAUGCGUAGCUGUUAAUGAAUGUUUGGAUUUUUCUCCAUUGCAGUCUAAGCUACCGUAGGUGUAGAAACUCAUUUGUGUCCUUGUAAUGUGAAACACGGUUUCACCCUCUGUAUAGAAAUCUUGAGAAAUCAGUUAAGCCAAAAAGAAAGGUAAGACUUACCCUGCCGUGCUUUAAUUUCACCCGCUUUUGCUACAAGCAGGGGAAUUUUCCCUCCUUUAUAAUGUUUUUAAUUGUAUAGCAGUCUGCUUAACAUAUAUCCUUUUAUGACGUGUGGUUCAGCUGUGUAUUUAACAUGGAUGUUCAAGAGAAGAAGAAAAACCCAGCUCUGUAAAAUGAGGAAAUGAGCCUCUUUGCCGAGCAUGCUUUGA